AUGCAGAUCUUCGUGAAGACGCUGACCGGGAAGACCAUCACGCUUGAGGUGGAGUCCUCAGACACCAUCGACAACGUCAAGGCAAAGAUCCAGGACAAGGAAGGUAUCCCGCCGGACCAGCAGCGCCUCAUCUUUGCAGGGAAGCAGCUUGAGGAUGGCCGCACUCUGGCCGACUACAACAUCCAAAAGGAAUCCACGCUUCACCUGGUGCUGCGCCUCCGCGGCGGCAGCAGAGGUGGAUACCCCAAGAACCUUGAGCCCAACCUCCGCAUCCUUGCUCAAAAGUACAAUGAGAACAAACUAGUCUGCCGCAGGUGCUAUGCACGCCUACCCGCCAGGGCCACCAACUGCCGUAAGAAGAAGUGUGGCCAUAACAAUCAGCUAAGGGAAAAGAAGAGGUUUAUGUCCAAGUUUGGGAGCGAUUCUUGA